GGAGUUGCGUGUACAAAUAACCAAUGCGAAGAAGAUAUAGACCGACCGCCUGUUAUCAUCAACAUUUAUUCAAUCCGGCGGACCUUCACACAGGUCCCUUCUCUCUCGCUUCCGAUUAACCGGAAAACGACUCUCUUCCAUCGCUCCUAAUUCUAAUUCCUGUGAUUUAGAAUUCUUUGGUUGCAAUCAUGGCUGGGGCUUUGGUGCAAUCCACCAGUUUUACUUCUGCAGUUUCCGGUGAAAGCGAGGUCCGUUCAAAGCGAUCUGGUAGUAUAAAAAGACCAGUCAAGAUGAUGGGCUUACAAGCUCCUUCAGUGAGGGUUAGGACCUUCUCUGGUUUGCGGGGAGUAAAUGCUUUAGACAACUUGGUAAAGAGAGGCCAGGAUUUCCACUCAAAGGUUGCAGCAGCCACCUCUGUCCGAAGAGCAAAACCUAGUCGAAUUGUGCCAAAGGCCAUGUUCGAGCGCUUCACAGAGAAGGCUAUCAAAGUUAUUAUGCUUGCACAAGAGGAGGCAAGACGGCUUGGUCACAAUUUUGUGGGUACGGAGCAGAUUUUAUUAGGUCUUAUUGGUGAGGGCACUGGCAUUGCAGCAAAGGUGCUUAAGUCAAUGGGAAUUAAUUUGAAAGAUGCACGUGUUGAGGUAGAAAAAAUUAUUGGUAGGGGUAGUGGAUUUGUUGCUGUAGAGAUUCCAUUUACACCUCGUGCAAAGCGUGUACUGGAACUAUCACUAGAGGAGGCCCGGCAACUUGGUCAUAAUUACAUUGGUUCAGAGCACUUGCUUCUUGGUUUGCUUCGUGAGGGGGAAGGUGUAGCAGCUCGCGUUCUUGAGAAUUUAGGUGCAGACCCAAAUAACAUUCGCACACAGGUGAUCAGAAUGGUUGGCGAGAGUGCAGAAGCUGUGGGUGCUGGAGUUGGUGGUGGAAGCUCCGGAAACAAGAUGCCAACACUGGAGGAAUAUGGUACCAACUUGACAAAGCUAGCGGAGGAGGGUAAGCUGGAUCCUGUUGUAGGAAGGCAGCCACAAAUUGAAAGAGUUACUCAAAUUCUGGGACGCCGUACAAAAAACAAUCCCUGCCUGAUUGGAGAACCUGGUGUUGGAAAGACAGCGAUUGCAGAAGGUCUUGCCCAAAGAAUUGCAACUGGUGAUGUUCCAGAAACAAUUGAGGGAAAGAAGGUGAUUACUCUGGAUAUGGGUCUGCUUGUUGCUGGCACAAAGUAUCGUGGAGAGUUUGAGGAGAGACUAAAGAAGCUCAUGGAGGAAAUCAAGCAAAGUGAUGAAAUUAUUCUCUUUAUUGAUGAAGUCCAUACAUUAAUUGGAGCAGGAGCAGCAGAGGGGGCUAUUGAUGCUGCUAACAUCUUGAAGCCUGCUCUUGCCAGAGGUGAAUUACAGUGUAUUGGGGCAACGACCCUUGAUGAGUACCGGAAGCAUAUCGAGAAGGACCCAGCACUGGAGAGACGAUUCCAGCCUGUAAAGGUGCCUGAGCCGACAGUUGAUGAGACUAUACAGAUUUUGAAAGGGCUUCGAGAACGAUAUGAGAUUCACCACAAACUCCGUUACACCGAUGAAGCACUUGUAGCUGCUGCCCAGUUGUCAUAUCAGUACAUAAGUGACCGUUUUCUUCCUGAUAAAGCUAUCGAUUUAAUUGAUGAAGCUGGUUCUCGUGUUCGACUUCGUCAUGCACAACUUCCGGAAGAAGCCAGAGAGCUUGAGAAAGAGCUUAGGCAGAUAACAAAAGAGAAGAAUGAAGCAGUUCGCGGCCAGGACUUUGAAAAGGCUGGGGAAUUGCGUGAUCGAGAGAUGGAUCUCAAGACUCAGAUAUCGGCUCUUGUGGAUAAGAACAAAGAGAUGAGCAAGGCCGAGACAGAGGCGGGAGAGGAAGGCCCGAUGGUAACGGAAGCAGACAUUCAACACAUUGUCUCGUCUUGGACAGGUAUACCGGUCGAGAAAGUCUCGACCGAUGAAUCCGACCGCCUCCUCAAGAUGGAAGAGACUCUCCACACACGAAUCAUCGGUCAAGAUGAAGCUGUCAAAGCUAUUAGUCGUGCCAUUCGUCGUGCCCGUGUUGGACUAAAGAACCCCAACCGCCCCAUUGCCAGUUUCAUCUUUUCUGGACCCACCGGUGUCGGGAAGUCUGAACUUGCUAAAGCGUUGGCUACUUACUAUUUUGGGUCAGAAGAAGCCAUGAUUCGGCUCGACAUGAGUGAGUUCAUGGAGAGGCACACCGUCUCAAAGCUCAUCGGUUCACCUCCCGGUUACGUUGGUUACACCGAAGGUGGUCAAUUGACCGAGGCCGUGCGUCGCCGUCCCUACACCGUUGUGCUAUUCGACGAAAUCGAGAAAGCUCACCCUGAUGUCUUCAACAUGAUGCUUCAAAUCCUCGAAGACGGAAGAUUGACCGACAGCAAAGGAAGAACCGUGGACUUCAAGAACACGCUUCUAAUCAUGACAUCAAACGUCGGAAGUAGUGUAAUCGAGAAGGGUGGCCGAAGGAUUGGGUUCGACCUCGACUAUGACGAGAAGGACAGCAGCUACAACCGAAUCAAGAGCCUGGUCACCGAGGAACUGAAACAAUAUUUCCGCCCGGAAUUCUUGAACAGACUCGACGAGAUGAUCGUAUUCCGACAGUUGACCAAACUUGAGGUCAAAGAAAUCGCUGACAUAAUGUUGAAGGAAGUCUUUGAGAGGCUAAAGGUUAAAGAAAUCGAGCUUCAAGUAACCGAGCGAUUCAGGGAUCGGGUCGUGGAGGAAGGAUACAACCCGAGCUACGGUGCAAGGCCGCUGAGACGUGCAAUCAUGAGGCUACUGGAAGACAGCAUGGCGGAGAAGAUGCUUGCACGUGAAAUCAAGGAAGGCGAUUCCGUGAUCGUGGAUGUCGAUUCUGAAGGGAACGUGACCGUUCUCAACGGCAGCAGCGGAGCUCCGCCGGAGGCAUUGCCGGAGCCAAUUCCGGUGUAGACAAAAAAGGCCAGUUUCUGAUCUCUAUCUACAAUCGACCAAAUAUGUUGUUUGUUGUACUGUGAUGCUUUUAAUUGGCACAUAAAAACAUAUGAUACAGUCUUAUUGAGGCAGCAAAGUUAGGUUUCUGCCCAAUGAAUUUGCAUGCACAGUCCAGCUCCAGCUCCAGCCACAAAUCACGGUUAUUUAUAGAUGUUGCACAUUUUUUUCUUACUAAUAAACCUUAAAAAAACCGUUCCAUAGUUUUUGUUGUUA